GUUAUACAUUUUGACUAAUGUUUAUAUUACUUAAUAGAGUUGCCUUCUAUUCUGUUUUACACAAUCUAUGUAGCAAUAAAUUGGUUAGAUUCAUAAUAGUGGAACACGUCUGAAAUUUUGUGCAGAGCUGAGAAUGGACAACCUGACAUUCAGACACAGCAUUCUCCUCCUUGAGGGACUGAAAGUUACACCUCAGUCCUCCUAUCCAGUUUUCAUCCUGCUCUUUUUGGCUUAUGUCUUUACUAUGGUAUCUAACUUUGUACUUCUAGUUCUGAUCUCAACAGAAAAGAAUCUUCAUCAUCCUAUGCAUUUUCUUUUUUGUAACUUGCCACUGAACGAUAUGCUAGGGACCACUGUAAUUUUGCCACGCUUAAUGCAAGACAUUUUAAAGGAAAGCUCAGAGCGAUAUAUCACAUAUAUGGAGUGUGUUACCCAAGCAUAUUUUGUACAUAUAUUUAUAGCAGCAUGUCACUAUGUGCUGAUAAUCAUGGCCUUUGACAGAUAUGUGGCUAUAUGUAAUCCACUUAGAUAUUCAGCUAUAAUGACCAAUAAGAUGGUGGUUAAACUAUCAGCAUUUGCUUGGGGCCUGGCCAUUCUUUUGGUGACAAUUAUGUUAGGUCUCACUGUACGACUGUCUCAUUGCAGAUCUAAAAUUGAAAACCCUUUCUGUGACAAUGCCUCACUGUUUAAACUGUCCUGUGAAAGUGUGGUCAUAAAUAAUAUUUACGGAAUUGUUUAUACUGUGGCUGUACUUUGCUUUUCAGCAGUAUCUAUAUUUAUAACAUAUGUCAAGAUUGCUGUUGUAUGCAAAAGUAGCAAAAACAAAGCACUCAACAGCAAAGCCAUAAAAACCUGCAGCACUCAUUUAGCUGUUUAUUUAGUCAUGUUUUUUUCUGGAGCUAUCAUGACAUUUCUCCACCGUUUUCCUGAAUACUCUGACAACAGGAAACUAGCUAGUAUAAUGUUCCACAUUAUACCACCAGGAUUAAAUCCCUUAGUAUAUGGUUUACAAACCAAAGAGAUAAGACAAAAAAUAGCUAAACUUUGGUGGAGAAAAAAAGUUAUUUCUUUUUAAUUUUAUUGCUUUUUUUACAAGAAGAGUGGGGAAUUAAAUUUUUUUGUUUCCUUUUCUCAUAAAGAAAAUGCAGUAUAUGGUUAAUAUCCUCUCUCUCUUUCUCCAUCAGGGCGGUGAUUGCAUUGCGACUGUUCUGAAAUGAUUGUCUUACAAUUUUCAUACAAUUUGUUUCAUACAUUGACUGACAUGUUCAAAUACAGGAAUUUUACAAUUAUUAGCAGACAUUACAUUUAUGUAAACAAAUCAGAAAGUUAUAUUUAUUCAGACCAUCUUUGUUUCCCCUCACCAAUCAUUAUCUGCUUAUAUAUAUAUAUAUAUAUAUAUAUAUAUAUAUAUAUAUAUAUAUAUAUAUAUAUAUAUAUAUAUAUAUAUAUAUAUAUCAUAUUUAUGAAUCUAAAAUGUUCUCACUAUAGAUCAGAUCAUUUGGGGGUUCUAAGUCUUUGGUACAUCUUCAAAUGUUCUUGAUUUUUCAGAAUUACAAUUUCCUGAUAAAUUAUUCACCCCCAUGUCAUCCAAGAUGUUCAUGUCUUUCUUUCUUCAGUCAAAAAGAAAUUAAGGCUUUUGAGGAAAACAUUCCAGGAUUUUUUUUUUCCAUAGUGGACAACGGUAAUGGGUUGAAGGUCCAAAUUGCCGUUUCAGUGCAAAAUUCACUGCAAAAAAAAAAAAAAAAAAAAGUAUAUACAAAAGUAUAUACAAAAAUGCUCAUCCAUGACUUCACGCAUUACGCAGUCACGUUGGAAAGGUCACGCAUGACGUAGGCAAAAGUACCGACCCAGUAUUUACAAAGUGAACGUGCAAAGACUAAGUCAAAUGCCCUUUACAAAAAAAAAAAAAGGUAAAACAAUGAUGUCGGACGAUUUUGAAGUUGGAGUUUUUCGAGUACUCACAUGUCACCAAAAUGUGACUAUGUAAUAUGUGAAUUAGUGGACACUAGUGGAAAACGAGCAUUUGUGGUUGAAAAGUGUGUAUAUAUAUAUAUUUUUCUUUUCGACUGAAGAAAGAAAGAUAUGAACAUCUUGGAUAACAUGAGGGUGAGUAAAUUAUCAGGAAAUUUUAAAUCUGAAGUGAACUAAUCCUUUAAUCCUUUCUUCUCACUGCAAGGUAUUACAACAUAUUUAAUGUCCUGUUUCAGGGACUUUGUAUCUCCUGAAUUUCUCCAUUGUCUGAAAUCAUAUAGCUUGCAUCUUUGUCCAAACCAAGAUCACUAAAGGUGAGACCAACUCAAAAUUAAGUCUAGAAAGGGCUGAGUCUGUGACAAGAGACUCUAAAUAGGUUAGUCGGAAAAGCUGUGGAGAAGAAAGUAAUGUAAUGAAUGUGUCAAAUGUAAAGUGUUUGAAUGAUCAUUGUUAACAAUAACAUGUUCAUAUUGUUCAAAGCCACACUAUAGUUGCAUCUCAAUCAGCUCCCUAACUCACUAGGUCUUGAAUCAGUAGGCUAUUCCGUGUACACAAAUUUGUGCACUGGUCACUCAUUGGGACACUGAUGACUCUAUAUCUGGCAACAUGACAAGUCCUCAUUAUACAACGUCACUACUGGUAUUUAUAAAUAUCAGCAGAACUGACAUCUUUGACAUUAUUUUUUUAACGGUAUUUAAAGUACAUUAUGAUAAAUACUUUGCUUGUUAUAUAUACUUGUAACAUUUCAACCUUAAAUAAACUAUACAUUUUAGCUAUUAUGUUCACUACCUGUCUAGUGUAUGUUUAUGCUGAAAUAUAAUUAAAUAACGUUUUGAUUUUUGACAUCUAUCGUGUGUCAUUAUGUGUGGUGAGUUGGCGUGAUUUAUGUUUGACACUUCGGAACUUCUGUUAAGAGAAUAUU